AUGGAUCCGUAUACGCUUAGUGUGGCACAGCUAAAAGACCUUUUGCGGCAAUACGAGCUAUCCACGACGGGACGGAAAGCCGAGUUGAUUGCAAGGAUGCAACAAGCGGACCCCUCUGGAGAGUGGAUGAAGGAAACGGCUCGGAGACAGCCGGCUGAGGAUCGCGAGGAAAAUGGUAACCAGGAGGAGGUAGUAACACACAACGGAAGAGCUGCUACACCGGGAAGUGAGAGUUUAACCCAACGUGAGGCAGAGCUGGCAGCCAAAGAGCGCGAGCUAAUGCAAAAAGAAAUUGAGUUACUACGUCGUGAAAACGACUUACUGCGUACGACUACCAGAAGCAGCGUGUCGACAGUUUCUCGUACAACCAUGAGCAUCAAAAAUGUCAGUGACCUUCUCAGCGAGUAUCACGGGACAGGUGAUGAUUUCGAAAGGUGGAAGGCUCAAGUCAACUUACUGCGAGAUACGUACGAGUUCGACGAAAAUGCGGCUAAGAUAUUGGUCGAUUCAAAGCUGCGCGGAAAAGCGGCUGAGUGGUAUUUUUCAAUCGUGGAACAUCUGUCAACGACGAUAGAUAGGCUACUGGAAAAAAUGGACGCUAUGUUUAAUCAACCUAUCAGCAGGUUGGAAAGAAAACGUGAUUUCGAAAACCGAGUGUGGCAGAGGAACGAAACGUUCAGCGACUAUUGUCAUGACAAAAUAAUCAAAGGAAACAAAGUUCCGAUAACAGAAGAAGAAAGCACCGGAAGCAGUGAUGGCUUGGGACCAAAAAGCCCGAAGCUCAGGACCGAUUCAAAAACAGUUUCUGGAGAAAGUCCGAAGCUUGGAACUAGAGGGGCGACAAAAUGCUUCCAAUGUGGAGAGAUGGGCCACUAUGCGAAGAACUGUCCUACGGAAAAAGAGAAAAUCAAGGAAAUAGACAAGGACAAGAAGAAGCCAGGUAACAAGAAAGCCGAUCGGGCUGAUCGUCAAGUAGGUCUGGUUGACAACGAGGAGCCGUUAGAGAGUACGAGCGACGAGUCGGAGAACGAGGAUCAUCCAGAAGAGGAUGACAGAAUCCAUCUGGUGAAUGUUCAAGAGGAACCUCGAGAUGAAUUUCAGCAAAUGGUUGAGCUGCAGGUUCGAGGACGAACGCCGCUUUCGUGCAUGGCGAGAAUUGACACGGGAUGUCCAAUUACUCUUGUACAGGAAAGUUUAAUAAGUUGUAAAGAUAUACGAGUUGCCGGACAAGAAUGGAACAGAUAUCGUGGCAUAAAUAAUUCGAAGCUUCAGGUACGCGGGAUAGUUAAAGCCACGAUUACGAUGGACGAUUGUAGUAAAAUGGUAACUGUAGGAGUAGUGCCAGAUCGCACGAUGACUGUUCCAUUACUAAUUGGCAGAAACACAUUGAGACUUUUCAACUAUCGGUUAACAAACAGUCCGGAUUUUGAUAAAGCGGUUAGUGAAAUAUUACUUAUUGGUAACGAUUCCGAUUACUCUAAUCUUAAUAUAAAUCGUGACAUGCCUGUAAAAGUACGACAGUUGGUCGAGGGUAUUUUUAUUGAUUAUUAUGUAGAGCUAAUCCGACCAGAAACUCCUAAAGUGCAAGUAGAAGCCGUUUUGAUUUUAAAAGACAAUAAACCGAUACAAUUCGGUCCUCGAAGGUUAGGAUUCGCGGAAAAAGAAAAGGUACAGCGAAUUUUAAACGAUUUGUUAGAAGGUUUAGUAAGAGACAACUAUCCACUACCCCUAAUCGACGAUCAAUUGGAUGCAUUAAGAGGUAAACGCUUCUAUAGUUCGCUGGACUUGAAGGACGGUUUUUAUCAUGUCGUGAUGGCGAGCGAAUCGGUAAGGUACACCUCUUUUGUGACUCCACUAGGUCAGUUCGAGUUUCUGCAAAUGCCCUUUGGUCUCAAAAUCGGGCCUCAGUUGUUCCAACGUUUCAUUAAUGAGGCGUUUUCGGAAUUAAUAAAACGGGGUGAUGUCGUGGUCUACAUGGAUGAUAUUUUAGUAGCCACUGAGACGUUAGAAUCACAUAUUGACGUUUUGAAAGAGGUUUUCACUAUUCUGGUUAGCAAUAAACUCGAGCUGAAAUUGGAGAAAUGUGCCUUUCUGUACAAGGAAGUUGAAUAUUUAAGAUAUAAAGUUUCAGAGAAGGGAAUACAGCCCACAGAUAGAGGUAUUGCGGCGGUGCAGAACUUUCCCGAACCCAAGACCACUAAGGAAGUUCACUCGUUUGUAGGGCUAGCUUCAUACUUUCGGAGGUUCAUACGGGACUUUUCUCUGAUCGCCCGACCGCUAUAUCAUUUGUUAAAAAAAGAUAUUACUUUUAAAUUUGGAGAGGAAGAAAGACUAGCGUUUGUAACGUUAAAGAAUAGAUUAGUGGAGGCCCCGAUUUUGGCCGUUUACAAUCCAAAAGCUCAUACAGAACUCCAUUGUGAUGCUAGUGCUCAUGGGUUUGGGGCAGUGCAGCAGCAGAGCGAUAGGAAAAUGCACCCUGUGUUCUAUUUUAGCCGUCGAACCGCCGAGGUUGAAGCGCGAUACCACAGCUUUGAGCUGGAAACGUUGGCCAUAGUGUACGCCGUACGUAGGUUUCGAGUUUAUUUGCAAGAUAUACCAUUUGUUAUUGUAUCGGAUUGCAGUGCUGUGACCCAGACUUUAGAAAAACGCGAUAUUAAUGCUCGGAUAGCAAGAUGGAGUCUUGAACUCCAGAAUUUCGAUUUUAAAGUAGUACAUCGACCAGGAACGAAAAUGGGCCAUGUAGACGCGCUGAGUAGAUCUUUCGGAGUGUUGGUGGUUGAAGACAACCCAUUUGAAUGGAACCUCACAGUAUUGCAAUGCCGAGACCCCACGAUAAAGGACAUUGCCAGAAAACUAGAAACAGAGGACGCGAACUACAAAUUGCGAAACGGAUUGGUAUACAAGAAACAGGGUACCGAUCUCUUAUUUGUUGUGCCAGAACCAAUGUUCGUUAGGUUGUUUCCUACGAAAAGUACUAAUGCAAGGGAAGCUAUUAGUUGCUUGCAGCAAUUCUUCCAGACUUACAACAAGCCCAAGACAAUCAUUUCCGAUCGCGGAAGUGCUUUCACCUCACAGGAGUUUGAAGAUUUCCUUAAGGAUCAGGAGAUCCAGCACAUUAAGAUCGCGGUGGGAUCGCCACAGGCCAAUGGGCAGGCGGAGCGCAUCAAUAGGAUCAUAGCUCCUUGUAUGGCUAAACUAUCGGAUUUGAGAGAAGGUCGUCAGUGGUAUAAAGUAUUGCCCGAAAUAGAGUACGCUAUCAAUAACACUAUCAAUCGGUCUACGGAUACGACUCCCAGUCAGCUUGUUUUUGGUAUUAACCAACGAGGUCCUUGCGUUGACCGUCUCAAAGACGUUGUUCAGGCCGUUAUUAGUCCACCCACUAGAGAUCUCGAUGUCAUUCGUGACCAGGCAGCGCAGCGCACUCAUCUUUCGCAGCAGCGUCAGAAAAGAGAUUAUGACAGCCGACAUAAGACACCGAAGAAAUAUGAAAAGGGGGAUCUGGUGAUGAUCCGUAACUUCGAAAGCACACCCGGAAUAAACAAGAAAAUGAUUCCUCAAUUUCGGGGUCCCUACGAGAUUUCUAGGGUACUGCGUAACGAUAGAUACGUUGUUUCUGAUCCAGCGGGAUGUCAGAACACCCAGCGAUUAUACAGCGAUACGUGGGACGUUAACAAUCUCCGUCCGUAG